AUGGGCCUCUUCGGCAUGGCAGCGAGCUACCUCGCCUUCUCCGUCCUCCACUUCUUCCAGUUCGUUCUGGCCGUCACCGUAUGCGGCCUCUACGCCGUCGACCUCAACCGCGCUAGAAGUGAAGGGAGCUACACCGACGGGAAAUGGGUCUUUGCUGUCGUGGUCGGCGCUCUCUCCGCCGUAACGGCUCUGCUGUACUUCAUUCCCUUCAUCCUGCGCUUCGCCAUUGUCUGGAUCUGGGAUGCCAUCCUCUUCAUCCUCUGGAUCGCCCUGUUCGGUCUCUUUGGCAAUAUGUACAUCAAGGAGAACGCAGAGGGCGACAGCGGCAUUCAGCGCAUGAAGAACGCCGUUUGGGUCGACUUGGCCAACGCCCUUCUCUGGCUCAUCAGCGCCCUGGCGACUGCCGCCUACUGGUGGAGACACCGCGAGCGCCGUACCCGCUUCACUGGCCGUGGAAAGGUCUAA